CAGGCGGAAGGGCCGGUGGAUGGGCGCGCGCUGAGCGAUUUUCUAUUUUGUACAUACAUUGUUUUGUAUAUACUGUAUAUGAUGACUUCGGUGGGCAGUGAACGUACCCGGGGCACUCGGGACAAAGUGCAAAUUUCAACCACACAGCCAACACAACCACAGAAACAAGUAGUACAGGCAACAGCAGAACAGAUUCGCCUUGCUCAGAUGAUCUACGAUAAGAACGAUGCAGAUUUUGAAGAUAAAGUGAAACAACUUAUGGAAGUGACGGGAAAAAACCAGGAUGAGUGCAUAGUGGCACUACAUGAUUGUAAUGGGGAUGUGAACAGAGCAAUCAACAUACUGUUGGAAGGAAGUUCAGACACGACUUCUUGGGAGACUGUAGGGGGAAAGAAGAAAAGCCUUGGAAAGGAAAGUUCAGAAAACAAAGAGAACAGAGAAAAACGAGGGGACAGAGAAGUGAGUCGUGGACGGGGAAGCUCCAACAGACGGGGAAGAGGAGGCAGCCGUGGCCGAGAGUUAAGAGCUGAAGAAAAUGGAGUGGACAACAAUCAAGGAGACAGACCUUCAGAUCGUGGGAAGCGUGGCCGUGGGAGAGGGUUUGGACGUGGCAGAGGGAGAGGAGCGGGGAGGUUUUCAGCCCAAGGCAUGGGGUCUGGUGCUCUGAAAGGACAUGAUACUGGUUUCUCAUCAGUCAGCCACCUGCUGAGAAACCAUCAGCUGAGAGGGUCUUAUCAUUGUGCAUAUGAACUAAAGCUUUAUAAGACUGGGAGGAGUAGGACAUUUAACCCUGCAGACUAUACGGAGUCUUCUGCCACUGAUGGCUUUGGGACAAAAUCAGAGAUUUGGCAGACUGGUCACAAUGAUGCAGAUGAUGGAACUGAGCCAACACAGAGAGGAUGUUACUUUGCUCAGGACCUGCCAAAUAAUUUUGGAUUCCAAGGAGCAUGGAAAAACUCAAUAGAAGAGUGGACAGCAGAAGAUUGGAAUGAAGAUCUUUCUGAAACAAAAGUCUUCACUGCUUCUUCUGUUCCAGUUGAGAAUCACAUGACUCCUGGGCAGAGCAUUGAUUUGAUAACACUCCUUCAAAAGCCUGUGACCUCUUCUACCCAAGAUAUGGAAGGGAACUCAUUUGAGAGUCCACAGCAGCAGACCUUUGGCCAAGCCCUGGUCUUCACAAACUCUCAGCACAGCACCCAGAUGGCAUCAGGAACUGGCAGCUCCAGUGCUGUAAACUCUUAUUCUCCUCAAAGUCUGUCUGCAGUUCUUUGUUCUGGAUUUGGAGAGCUUGGAUCCUCUAAAUUGGCAAACUCUACUGGGUCACAAAUCUUAGACCAGUUGAAAUCUCCGGGAUUGGGUCAGUUUACCUCUCAACAAAACAAUAGUAGCUCUACUGCCACUACCACAACUGCCACAUCAUCCUGGGAUUUAAAACCGCCCAUUAGUCAGUCCUCAGUCCUUAAUCAGUUUGACUUUAAAUCCCAGCCUGAACCAUCUCCAGUUCUGAGCCAGCUCACUCAGCGACAGCAACAACAAACACAGGCAGUUCCUGUUCCUCCUCCUGGGCUGGAGUCGUCCUCCUCCCAGAUAAAACUCCGAGAGCCAUCGCCUGUAAACACCUCUACAGCUGUUAGCAAAAUCUUACAGCUUCCUACUCUUUCUAUGGAUAACCAGGCAGUAACUACCCAUCAAACCCACCAGAAACAGAUAAAACCACCAAAACGGAGGAUGACUCCAGCAUCCAGGAUUCCUGCCUCUGCAGUUGAGAUGCCUGGAUCAGCGGAUGUGACAGGGUUAAAUGUACAGUUUGGAGCUUUGGAGUUUGGAUCAGAGCCUGCACUCCCAGAGUUUGGAUCAACUUCAAGCAGUGAGAAUAACAGCCAGGCAACCAACAAUAGCUUGUAUUCAAAAUCAUUAAAUGAUCCUUUGAAUACCUCUUUGCCAAUAUCCAAUACAGUACAGGAGUCCACCUACACAACCUCCGCCAUCACCUCUUCCAGUCUGACCUGCUCAUCCCAGAGCACUACCCCAGUAACAACUUCCUCCUAUGACCAGACUUCUGUGCAUAGUAGGAUAGCGUACCAAAGCUCCAUGGCUCCGUCUGAAUCAACCCCAGUUGCAGUUACGAACGGACACAAUGGUGUUAGAACACAGGCAACUCUUGACACUACUUCAUCAGUUCCAGCGCCUAAGACAGAGCCUCCUCCCUCACUACCUUCUGCUGGUUCUCUGCCUAGUGUGGUAUCCACCACUGCCUCGCUUUUGCCUUCAGCAUCGCAGCACGUGGCAGCAUUGCCCAGCUUGCCCCAGUCUGGUGAUUUGGCCAGCUGCUCACUUUCCCAGUUAAGCAGCUCCCUUUCCAAUCAUCAGAGCAGCCUCUCCCCUGCCUCAGUGUUGUCUUCAGGCGCAUCACACGUGCACACUAGUGUUGAGAACACAAGUUCGCUCCAGCCUUCAACAACUUUUUCAACUGUUUCAACCUCAGCCACUAGCACCACCUCUUCAGUUGUCAGCAUGGCAAGCAGUAUGAACACUACAAACAGCCUUGGCCUGAGCGUUUCCAGUGUGUCCAUACCAACUGCUACCACACGGGCAGCUCCCUUAGUGUCUUCAGGCAAAGCUCCCCCAAACCUGCCCCAAGGUGUACCACCCUUGUUGCAUAACCAGUAUAUUGUGGGACCUGGAGGACUUCUGCCUGCCUACCCACAGAUUUAUGGUUAUGAUGAUCUCCAGAUGCUUCAAUCCAGGCUGCCAAUGGAUUACUACGGAAUUACAUUCCCUGCUCCAGCAACCUUGACAGGCAGAGAUGGGAGCCUUGCUAACAAUCCAUACUCAGGUGAUGUAACAAAGUUUGGCCGUGGGGAUUCUGCCUCCCCUGCUCCGGCGACCACGCUUGCCCAGCCGCAGCAGAACCAGACACAGACUCACCACACGACUCAGCAGCCCUUCCUGAACCCAACCCUGCCCCCAGGGUACAGCUACACUGGGUUACCUUAUUAUGCUGGUGUGCCCGGUGUACCGAGUGCAUUCCAGUAUGGCCCAACCAUGUUUGUACCUCCAGCAUCUGCAAAACAGCAUGGAGUCAACCUGAACACCGCGUCGACUCCUUUCCAGCAAGCGAGUGGCUAUGGGCAGCAUGGCUAUGGGGCAGGCUAUGAUGACUUAACGCAGGGAACGGCAGCUGGAGAUUACAGCAAAGGAGGCUACAGUGGGUCAUCUCAAGCACAAAACAAAUCUGCUGGCACUGGACCUGGGAAAGGUGUUUCAGUGACCUCAAGUAACACAGGUGUGCCUGAUAUCAGUGGCUCAGUCUAUAACAAGACUCAGACAUUUGACAAGCAGGGAUUCCAUGCUGGCACACCGCCUCCUUUUAGCCUGCCCUCUGCUCUUGGAUCGACUGGGCCCCUGAACCCUGGUGCUGCCCCGGGUUAUGCUCCAGCCCCGUUUCUCCAUAUCCUCCCUGCACAUCAGCAGCCUCAUUCCCAGUUGCUGCAUCACCAUCUUCAGCAAGAUGGGCAGGGUGGAUCUGGACAACGCAACCAACCCAGCACCAUGCAGCAAAAGUCUCAGGCUACCAAAACCGCCUAUGGCACUUCUCCGUACUGGACAAACUAAAUCCAACACCGGGAGGAGGGAGAGAGUGGAAGGAGAGGAGGAGAAAAAAAAUGAAAGAAAAGAUUAAAAGGAAAUGAAAGAAAAUGAAAGAAAAGAUUAAAAAGGAAAUAAACCGAAGCCCAUUCCUGGAAUUAUUAGGAGAAAUAACUGCUCAGCCAAACGUCUGUGCGGGGAGAACUGCAGCCAUCCACCCAUCCAUCCUCUGUGUGACUCGCCUGCUUCCUCUUUGAGUUGCUGUUGUAUGUAAUGUAUUUAUGUAUGUAUUUGUAAAUGUAAUAGAGCCUAAAUGUGGGUUUUCUGCAUCUUGCAGCCGUUUUUUUUUUCUUUGUAGGAAAAAUAAUUAUUCAUUUCCCAUCUGUACCAGCACAUCCUUUCUUGUUCUUUCUUUAAGCUCUAUGGACUUUAUAAACUCUGUCAAAGAUGAACUGUACCUUUUUUUGUUUGUUUUGGGGUUUUUUGGGUUUUUUGUUGUUUUUUGGGUUUUUUUGUUUUUUUUUUUAUCUGGAGCCCAUUUAUUUAAUGCAGUUCUAAAUUCAGGCAAAUAAGGAGCCUGCUCCUUUCCACCAAAACAAAUCAAGAUGUGUCCUGUUGCUCUUAUUUCUCCCUUCAGCCCCCAAUACAGCUGUCAUUUAAAUGGGGUGAGAGGGGUGGGGAGAAAGAACAGAAAAACCAUGUUUUAGGGGCUUUCCCCUUUCUGUUAUCUCUCCCUCCCUCCUGCUGUGGGAGAUGAAGCCUUGUGGGCAGUUUGGUCACUGUGGCCUGAGCUGCAGCCUCAUAUUAUUACUUUAAUUUUUUCUAACAAUAAAAAUAAAAGAGGUUUCCCUUUUUGGUUGGUUUUAGGGUUUGGUUUGGUUGGUUUCUUAGUUCUGUUUCUCCAACAAGAGACUGUGGAUGGCUCAGUGUGUCCUGGAACCUCCUUUGCAUCAUUACAGGCAAAAACUGGGUAGAGGUUUAUUAAAGUAUAAGCUCUGCCUUGUACCUCUUUUUGCCCUGAGCCACCCUGCCCAGGAAAGGCAGAGCUACUGGAUGGAAACUUCACCUAUCCCUCCCACUUUUAUAACACAGAGACCCUUAUGGAGGCAACUCCUGGUCCUUAUCCUGCACCAAUGCGGUGAAUGUUUCAUUUCUUUCUAUCCCUUCCUCCACCUAAUAAAGGUCUGAGCAUA